AUGAAGAAAUUGAUAUUCAAUCUAUUUGGUGGUAGAUCAAAUCUCCACGUAAAUAGGUUGGAUUAUGAUAUUGAUUAUAUCCCAGAGUUUCUAACAUCAUCUGCUGAUUUGAAACUCCGAGUGAAUUUCUUGAAUCCAACCGAUCAUCAAUGCUUUGAAGCAGCACUUCCUCUGCUCGAUCCUGACAGUUUUCCCCUCAAGACCCUUAGAACUACAGUAACGGGUCGUGUAACUCAUGAGCACCCAGUUCUUAUGUCAGCUGAGACCCUAAUCUUAUUGAUAGACCCACCCCACACAACUAUUCAGAUGAAUGACAUCAAGAAGCUUUCUAACAAGACACUGAUAGUCGACAGCUGUUAUAAUUCGACCCUAAGAUUUCAUAUGUUUGGAUUGGUCAAAUACCUGAAGACUGGUCAAAAACCUAUCGGCACCACUUAUAUAUUCUUAGCCUGCGGUGAUAAUGUCAAGAAUUUGCUGUUCAUAAUGGAGAUGGCAUUCAAAAAUUUCAAGAAUCCAUUGAAUGAUGUUCAGGAGAGAUUUAUCGCUGAUGCACCACGCUUCUCCAUUCCAAUUAAUACGGAUUCAAGGAUUCUUGCAUAUGGACGUCGUGACAGAGAGAAUGUAAAAGACCGAUGGAGUCUAGUGGUCAAAGUGGUCCCCGCUUCAAAAUGA